AGCUCACCUUUCCCUCUCACCGUCAUCACUACCAGCCAUGUUGCGCUCGUCGAUUACAAAAUCUCUCGUAAAUGUCACCCCCCGCGCGAGCAGGCUCGCUGUUAGGCCCGCCCUUGCUCGCGGCUACCACGAGAAAGUGAUCUCUCACUACGAGAAGCCCAGAAAUGUCGGUUCCCUCCCCAAGAACGACGUUGACGUUGGCACUGGCCUGGUCGGUGCUCCUGCGUGCGGCGAUGUCAUGAAGCUGCAGAUUCGUGUGGAUGAGAACGGGAUCAUCUCCGACGUCAAGUUCAAGACGUUUGGAUGCGGGAGCGCCAUCGCGUCGAGCUCGUAUAUGACCGAGCGGGUCAAGGGGCUGUCGCUCGAGGAGGCCGAGAAGAUCAAAAACACGGAGAUCGCGAAGGAGUUGUGCCUCCCCCCGGUCAAGCUCCACUGCUCGAUGCUUGCUGAGGACGCCAUCCGCUCUGCUAUCCGCGACUACAGGACCAAGCGAAGCAAGUUGGGCGACCCAAAGAAGCCCGGCUUCAUUGAUGUCUCUCAAAGUGCCGCGACUGGUCAUACCGUGGCCACAGCACACCCGCCUUCGUCCUCGUAAAUGCAUCGAGUAACGUCGUCGUCUUAGUGUAGUAGUCUUUGUUCAGCCUCUUCGUGUUCGCACCUCAGUGUAUUACUAUCCCUCGCAUGUCAUAUCGUAGCAUCCGCGCAUUAUACAGCCAUAUAAGAAA